AUGCUCCGGCUACAUAUACGAAAGAUGUCAUCUGUGUCAAAACCAAUAUAUCAAUCAGAAUUUGUUAACUUUCUAAAUGCAUCCCAUUCCCCUUAUCAUGCUGUUCAUUCAAUUAAAAAACAUUUGAUUAGUAACGGGUUCGAAGAAUUAUCAGAACGUGAUCAAUGGAACGGAAAGGUUAAACAUAAAGGUAAGUAUUAUGUCACUAGAAACAAUUCAUCUAUUAUUGCAUUCGUUGUUGGAAAUAUGUGGCAACCAGGUAAUCCAUUAGCUAUUGUGGGAGCGCAUACCGAUUCUCCAGUAUUAAGAAUUAAGCCAAUCUCCAAGAGAGUUUCAGAAAAAUAUACUCAGAUUGGUGUAGAAUGCUAUGGUGGUGGUGUAUGGCACUCAUGGUUUGAUUCUGAUUUAUCAAUUGCAGGUAGGGUUAUGGUCAAUGACACCAAAACUGGUAAAGUUGUUGCAAAACUUAUUGAUUUGAACAAGCCUCUCCUUAAAAUCCCAACUUUAGCAAUUCAUCUGGAUAGAUCUGUAAACGAAAAAUUUGUUUUCAACAAGGAAACUAACUUGUUGCCAUUGGCUGGCCUCGCAUGUGAUUCCGAAGUUUCAGACAAGAAAGAAGUAAAUGAAUCAAGUGACGAUGCUUUUAAUUCAAUCAAAUCGAUUGUGGAAAGACACAAUAAAGAAUUAUUGGACUUAAUUCAAAAAGAACUGGAACUAACAUCUGUUGAACAAAUCGAAGACUUCGAAUUGAUUCUUUAUGAUAAUAAGGAAUCCUGUUUAGGUGGAUUGAAGGAAGAGUUUAUUUUCUCGGGCAGACUAGAUAACCUAACCUCUUGUUUCACAGGUAUGCAUGCACUAACAGAAGCUGCAGAUUUAGAUAUUGAAAAGGAGAAAGGUAUUAGACUAUUUGGCAGUUUUGAUCAUGAAGAAAUUGGUUCUUCGUCAGCUCAAGGUGCGGACUCUAAUUUUUUGCCUAACAUCAUGGAAAGAUUAUGUUCCCUGAAAGCUGACAAUACAGACAUUGAAUCCCCUUUAACCAAGUCAUUGAUUUUGGAAAGUUCAGCAAAGUCAUUCUUUUUAUCAUCCGAUGUUGCUCAUGCUGUUCACCCUAAUUAUGCUACGAAACAUGAGUCGAAACAUAAACCAAUUAUUGGUUCGGGCCCAGUUUUGAAGAUCAACGCAAACCAGCGUUAUAUGACCAAUUCCCCGGGUAUUGUGUUGAUAAAGAAAAUGGCCGAUACUGCCAAAGUUCCAUUACAAUUAUUUGUAGCCGCAAAUGACUCCCCUUGUGGUUCAACUAUUGGGCCAAUUUUAGCAUCCAAAACUGGUAUAAGAACUUUAGAUUUGGGUAAUCCUAUUUUAAGUAUGCAUUCUAUCAGGGAAACUGGAGGUGCCGCAGAUCUUGGAUAUCAAAUCAAAUUAUUCCAAGAGUUUUUUAAAUCGUACAGUUCUUUAGAAUCAGAGAUUAUCGUAUAG